CUCGCCGUUUGUCCGCCAAAACCCUUGCUAAACCCUUUCGCCCCAUAUCUCCUUCCUCAGGAUCCCAGAUUCCCAAAACAUCUAGCCGCUUCAAUAUAUCAGCAUGGCGGCACCAACGCAUUUCUUCAAGACGAUUCUCAACGCAAUCCAGACCCUCGCUGCGAAUCCCGUUUCGAAGAGGAAGUACUCCGCCGGAGCGGCGAGAGCAGCAAGCAGCGAUCUUUUCACGAGAAUCAGCCCAAUCGGAGACCCAGAAACCAGUUUAGCUCCGGUUCUUGAUCAAUGGGUCGAAGAAGGCAGGAAAUUCAGAGAUUCCGAGCUUCAGAGAAUCGCCAGGAAGCUCCGUUCCUGGAGACGACACGGCCAGGCCCUUGAGGUGUUGGAGUGGAUGGUAGGAAGAGGGGUUGCCCCAUUGUCGCAGUCUGAUCAUGCGGUUCAGUUGGACCUCAUUGGUAAGGUUAGGGGACUUGAAUUUGCAGAGGGUUACUUCACAAGCUUGGACGAGACUGAAAAAACCCAGAAAAUGUAUGGAGCUCUUCUAAACUGUUACAUUAGACAAGUCCAGGUCACAAAGUCCCUCUCUCUUUGGGACAAGAUGCAGGAACUGGGUUUUGAUAAUUCGACGCUUAACUACAAUGAAAUCAUGACCCUCUACCUGAAAACUGGCCUUCCGGAGAAGGUCAGCGGUUUACUAUCCGAGAUGAAGGAUAAGGGAAUCUCCCCCGACUGUGUAAGUUACCGAAUUUGCAUGACUGCUUAUGCUGCAAUGUCUCAGCUUGAUAAGGUCCAACAGAUGUUGCAAGAGAUGGAGGAGGAACAACAGCAGCCUCUUAUUUCAAUUGACUGGCUGACCUAUUCAACUGUGGCUGGUAUCUACAUAAAAGCCGGUUUACGAGAGGCAUCGCUCGAGUGCUUGAGGAAAUGUGAAGAGCGAGUGAUGAAGAAUGCAGAUGGGUUCAACCAUUUGAUUUCGCACCAUGCCAAUCUAGGGAACAAGGAUGAGGUGUUGAGGCUGUGGGGCGUUGCUAAAGCCAAGUUCAGCAAACGGCAUAAUAGGGACUACUUGAACAUGAUGGGCUCUUUGGUUAAAUUAGGGGAGCUUGAAGAAGCUGAAAUUUUGCUGGAGGAAUGGGAUUCGGCUUGUGAAUUCUAUGAUGCUCGGGUGCCGAAUGCACUCUUGAUCGGAUGUUGCCAGAAGGGGUUGGUCGAGAAGGCUGAGCUGUUGCUGAGGGACAGGAUAGGUCGGGGUAAGGCUGCAAUCCCCAACAGUUGGGCCAUCAUUGCUGCUGGGUAUGUGGAGAAGGAAGGCAACAUGGAGAAAGGUUUUGAGGCCAUGAGAGAAGCUCUAGCUAUUCGAACGAAUAACAUUUGGUGGAGACCGAAACCUGUACUGAUGUCGAGGAUGUUGAGGUGGGCUGGCGAGAAUAUAGGCGCGGAAGAAGUGGAAUCGUUUGUGGGAAGCGUGUUGCAGACCAAGGUUCCGAAGGACAGGGAGUUUUAUAACACACUGCUCCAUGUUUAUGUGAGGAAUGGGAAAGAAGUGGGGUGGAUUCUAGAGGGGAUGAAGGCUGAUGGAAUUGAUGGAGAUGAGGCGACUGGUGAAAUCCUUAGCUCAGUAAAGCAGUGAUUUGAAUGAUGUGGUAGCCCUGACAGGAUUUACUAUCGUCAACUAAGGUGCUGAUUCAUUCCUUAAGAUAUGAUAUAUUGACUAUGCAGCCAGUGCCUGCAAUCCUCUGGCAAACUGCACACUCAAGAACAGGGCAGGUUUCUGCAUUUUAACUCAAAUUAUGCACAUUAGCCUGCCAGAUUACCCAACAUAGUAAGGUUAGGAUGUGCACAUCAACCCUCAUCUCAAUUCUCAGC